AAAAAUUAAUGUACCCAUCUACCACCUGACCGGCUAUUCCUGUCACGAUUAUAUUGACAAAAUGGCUGAUGUGGUGCUGGCACCGUUGCGGGGCCUCGAAGAUUUUCUCAUCGGCUCGGCUAGAUUUCAGAUUCCUAACAUUAAAGACCAAGAAAAAUGGUCUAACAGAGUUCUGAACAAUCUCUUGUACUACCAAACAAACUAUUUCUUGACAGCUCUCAUAUUAUUCCUGAUUAUUGGACUCAUUCAUCCAGUAAAGAUGGUGUUUGGUUUCGCUGCAAUAUCAGUAGCCUUUGGUGGAUUUGUUUAUUCUACUAAUAACCAGUGGAAGGCCAGAAAAUUUAAACGAGAUCAUCCUCUUGUUAGUGUUGUUUUGAUAUUAGUUGGUGGUUAUUUAUUAGUAUAUAUGUUUGGUGCUGUGAUAGUUUUUAUAUUUGGAAUAGCUUUUCCACUUCUUUUAAUUUUAAUUCAUGCUUCAUUAAGAAUGAGGAGCAUAAAGAACAAGAUAACUAAUAAAAUGGAGUAUGUAGGAUUAAAAAGAACACCAAUGGGAAUUAUUUUAGAAGGUCUGGGUCAAGAGCAAGAAGCUGGAUCGUAGAUACCAACUACAAUCCAAACAACAACAAAACUUAUUUCACAAACUGAAAUCCAUCUUUAUCAACCGAAUUCAACACAUCUCUAGUUAUUUCAUAUCUGUAUGAAUAGAAAUGGUGUUAAUGUGUUGUGCUAUAGAGUAUCCACAUUAUUUGGAUCAACUAAAAAUGGAUCAGUAAAAAACUUUGUGAAAUGGUUUGUGUUUCUUCUAUUUUAUUGAACAUUUCCUUCAACUCCUUGACUAACUGCAUCUUCAUUUUUGAACGAUCAUCAUUUUGUGAAGCCAUAUUGGAUUCUUGUCAUGCAAAGCAAGGUUAAACGUACCAAGGGAAGUGACAUCACUGAUCUUCAACUAACAUUUCAUGUCCCUGAGAAAGGGAGCCUUUGUGACUUGAAAUAUCGUGGGUUUUUAAAACUAAUAUAGAAUUUCCAUUUAAGAUUAUGAUAUAUUUUGAUGAAACUGUGGUUUAUUUGUGUGUAUUUAAAAGAUUUUGGGCAAGAUUGAACUGUGGGAGAGUUGAAGAACCUGGUUUGAUUUAACAUGGAGCUGACCUUAUCUGAGUCAUUGAUCAGAGUCAGACUUGGAUGAAUCUUUAAAAACAUGAAAGUAGUGCUUUGUAAACUUUCCAAAAUUAUUCAUUUUUGAUAAAACCUAGUCAACAUGCAAUAUAUUUAUUGAAUAAGACUUCAAAUCUUUAUAAUUUAAUGUAUUUUGAUUUUUGCUCUCAAGUUUUGGCAAGCUGUUUUUGAUAAAUUGCUAUUCAUUGUUUGUUUGUUCAGUACAAGGUAAGAAUGAUACACUUAAGUGAUAAUCUGAGAAUUUUUUUCUGAGUGUUUAACGCCUGCCAGUAUGAUAUCAUGCUCAUCUAUGAAUAGUGCAUAUUGAAAAAUGUUUAGUGUUUGGUGCUAGGUUAUGUUGGAACAUAUUCACAUAGUGGUCAUCAGAAAAUAGUUCUGGCUGAACUGAAUUUAUUACUCUUGUGAAUUUUUAAAAUUUAAUGUACAUAUUUGUAUAAAGGUAUUGAUACAGCAAAUCUAUCUUGGUGAAUUCUACUCUGUGAAAUCUUGGAUGUCUUGGUAAAAGUUUUGCACUUCAGGCAGAAACAAAAACUUUGUAGCAAGUUUCAAACUCCACAAAUUAACUCUUUUGUAAAAGAGAUAAAAAAGUUGGGGUCAAAAUUUGAAAUUUUUCCUGAUUAAUUUUUCGUCCUCAGCUUGGCCUAUUAAAACCAUUAGUUGGGUAGCCAAAGUCUGGUUUCUACGUAAAUGCCCUAUGUCAAUAGGUUCUAAAGUUACAGACCCUCAAAGUUAAAGUAUUUUUGGAAAUGAUGGGGUUAUAAAGAAAGGAUGUCUGAGGUCAUUAGUCCACCAAAGAUAAAAAAAAAAAGAGAUAUCUUGAGCUAAAUUUUGAUUAUCUUCACAAAUUUAAUACAUAAACUUUAAUUUGUCAUCACCCCUGUCUUCCAACAUUUCAUUGUGAAUAUGAUACCUACUGUAGUGUUUUUACACAGGAUGGUUGGCUGAUGUACUUCUCACAGUAAGAAAGACUUCAGUUUAAAAUAUAUUUUGUUUGUAUUGUAAUGGUGAACUAUUAAAUAAUUUAUCUGGUUUU